CCUAUGUAGAGACGCCGUUAUGUAAGAUCUAAAAACUCCUGUUGAUAACCUUGAUAUACCAGGAUGUGAUUGAAUGGAGCUAAUACGCAUCCGCUUAGGUUGGGCGAUUUCCACGGGCGCCAAGCGGCCAGAGAUCACAUCCGUAGAAUCCCUCAAAGGCUCCAAGAUUGGCAUUUCUCGUCUGGGAUCAGGCAGCCAGGUUAUGGGCUACGUUCUCGCCGAUCAAGAGGGCUGGCUUUCGCCUUCCUCGGCCCCAUACUCGGAUUUCGUAGUCCUUCAGAACUUCGCCAACUUGCGUAACGCCGUCAACAACGGUACGGCUGACUUCUUCAUGUGGGAGCACUUCACGUCGAAGCGGUACUACGACAGCGGAGAGAUUCGUCGCAUUGGCGAGAUCUACACGCCGUGGAGUAGCUGGAAAAUUGUUGCCUCGACGGCCUUACUAGGUGGGGGAGAGACAGGAAAGAUAGAUCCGAGACUUAUGGAUUUGUUGAAGAAGUUGGACCAGGGCGUCAAGCAUUUCGAGGCCCACCAUGAUGAGGCCGUCGAGUACAUCAGCACAGCGCUCGAUUAUUCAGCCGAAGACGCUCGCGAGUGGCUGACGACUGUUCGGUUCUCCUCCAAGACUGAGGGUGUGGAUGUCAAUGUUAUUUCCAAGUGCAUCAAUAUUCUGCAGAAGGCUGGCGUACUUAAAGAGAAAGCCGGUGUGACGACCGAGGCUAUUGCGGAUGGAAUGCUCGUUCAAGGGCUGGCAGCACAGUUCCCGGAUGAAACACACUCACAUCCGGUUGUAUGAUAGACUUCAACUCCUUUGAAAUUAGUAUUGCCAACUUCGCGAGACCCCUGAACUACCGGGUAGGCUGUCGCGGCCGGGGGUUGGGACGAACUAGAGCUAGCCCCACACCUGCUAGAGCAUUUCCCAUGCAACGCUUGGAAUGACGUCC